AUGCUGCUGGUGGCCAACCUGCAGCCUUACAGGUGCGUACACCUGCGGCCUGCUGCCUUACAGGUGCGUACACCUGCUGCCUUACAGGUGCGUACACCUGCUGCCUUACAGGUGCGUUACAGGUGCGUUCACCUGCAGCCCUACAGGUGCGUUCACCUGCUGCCUUACAGGUGCGUUCACCUGCAGCCCUACAGGUGCGUUCACCUGCAGCCUUACAGGGUGGCGUGCGAGCAGCGGUUCGUGUCGGGGGCGGAGGGGGGGCUCGUGGCACUGGAGUGCCAGACGCUGGCACUCAGAGUGUCAUGUGCCUUCGAGAGCCUGCGUGUCACAACCGCAGACACCGACAACACCUACUGCAGGGACGACAAGAUGAUGGCAGUGAACGGUCCAGAAGUGAACGUGACGUUCACGCGAAGCGUUAGCGGCGUUAACGGUGGCUACGUUUGCUUCGUAACAUCCAACGUCACACAAUACGAGUGUCCAACUUGUGGUCAAAUCGACGUCUCCCAGACCGCUAAGCUAACAAAUAAUAUCAACGCUUCCAUAGUGGAGGAACAGCACCCGUGGACUGUGUACGUGCGAGUGUACACAAACAGUACUGUUUACGCGUGUGGGGGCACUCUCAUCACACAGAACCUUGUGCUGUCUGCAGCACAUUGCCUGCAUGGCAUCAGAGUAACCAAAGUCAGGGUCUGGCUCGGUCUGCUAGACCGGACAAAGCCCGAGCCGGGCUCGUUGUACCAAGACUCGUACACGUAUCACGUACACGAGAGUUACGAUCCUACGACAUUUGUUAACGACAUCAGCGUCGUGGUGCUGCCGUCCAGUGUCGUAUUUACGACAAGGAUACAACCGGCUUGCCUGCCGCCCGCUGACCGACAACUCGAUGAUGUAACAGUCGUAGCAACGGGGUGGGGGUUAACGUCAUGGGGGGCACGCUGUCCCCCACCCUCAACGGGGUGGGGGUUAACAUCAUGGGGGGGUACGCUGUCCCCCACCAUGCAGCAGGUCGCCCUGCAGGUCUGGACCAACGCAGCCUGCACGGCGGCCUGGCAGGACCACUUCAACGACUUCUCCUUCAGCGUCUCCUACGGCCAGCUCUGUGCCCUCGGCAGCGGCGCCGACACCUGUAGCGGGGACUCGGGGGGUCCCUUGGUCCUUAAUGUGAUCGUGGGAAUAACUUCCUUUGGGUACGAGUGUGCCACACCAGACGUACCUGGCGUGUACACGAGGGUACAGAGCUACGUACCCUGGGUACAGCAGUACAUCGUACCCGGGGCAUGUGCUGUCUGA